UCUUCUUCCCGAUUUCUCUGCAACUAUGUCUCCCCCUACCUCCUUCUACCACCUUCCCGUCCUCACGAAAAUGUAUAUAAAUUAAGCCCUUCCAAAUCUCUUCCUCAGAUCAAAAUUAAACCAUCAAAAAGCUCUAAUUCAGCAUUCUACAUUCUCCGAUCCCAAAUUUCUUCAUCUUCAACAUCUUCCCAGUUCAACUCAAGUUCUCAUCAAUGACUUGCAAGAGCGAAGGCAAAGGCAUCGGCAUUGAUCUCGGCACCACCUACAGCUGCGUCGCCGUCUGGCAAAACGAUCGUGUAGAGAUUAUUGCCAAUGAUCAAGGCAACAGAACCACUCCCUCCUACGUCGCUUUCACCGAUACCGAACGACUGAUCGGCGAUGCGGCCAAGAAUCAGGUCGCGAUGAAUCCGCAGAAUACUGUUUUCGACGCCAAGAGGCUCAUUGGCCGCAGAUUCUCCGACUCUUCCGUUCAAAGCGAUAUGAAGCUCUGGCCAUUCAAGGUCGUUUCAGGUCCCGGAGACAAGCCGAUGAUCGUCGUUCAAUACAAAGGUGAGGAGAAGCAGUUCGCGGCGGAGGAGAUAUCGUCAAUGGUGCUGAUCAAGAUGGAGGAGAUUGCGGAGGCUUACUUAGGGCACAAUGUAAAUAACGCCGUGAUUACAGUCCCUGCAUAUUUUAACGAUUCGCAGCGGCAGGCUACCAAGGACGCCGGAGCCAUUGCCGGUCUGAAUGUGUUGAGAAUCAUCAACGAACCAACUGCCGCUGCCAUAGCUUACGGCUUGGACAAGAAAGCCUCCCGCUCCGGAGAAAAGAACGUUCUGAUCUUCGAUCUCGGCGGCGGAACUUUUGACGUUUCACUGUUGACGAUCGAGUAAGGAAUCUUCGAAGUGAAAGCCACCGCCGGAGACACUCAUCUCGGCGGCGAGGAUUUCGAUAACCGCCUCGUGAACCACUUCGCGGCGGAGUUCAAAAGGAAACACAAGAAGGACAUCAGCGGCAAUCCCAGAGCUCUCCGUCGGCUGAGAACGGCCUGCGAAAGAGCGAAACGAACUCUAUCUUCCACAACGCAAACCACAAUCGAAAUCGAUUCGCUCUACGAAGGGAUCGAUUUCUACGCCACAAUUACCAGAGCGAGAUUCGAGGAAUUGAACAUGGAUCUGUUCAGAAGAUGUAUGGAGCCAGUGGAGAAAUGUCUGCGAGAUUCCAAAAUUGACAAGGGACAAGUUCACGACGUCGUUUUAGUAGGCGGUUCCACAAKAAUCCCCAAAGUCCAGCAACUAUUGCAGGAUUUCUUCAACGGGAAAGAGCUCUGCAAGAGCAUAAACCCUGACGAAGCCGUCGCCUACGGUGCCGCCGUACAGGCGGCGAUUCUGUGCGGCGAAGGCAACGAGAAGGUCCAAGAUCUGCUUCUCCUCGACGUCACGCCUCUGAGCCUCGGAAUCGAAACCGCCGGCGGAGUGAUGACCGUGUUAAUUCCAAGAAACACGACGGUUCCGAAGAAGAAGGAGCAGGUUUUCUCGACUUAUUCCGACAAUCAGACCAGCGUUUUGAUCCAAGUUUACGAAGGGGAAAGAGCAAGAACAAAAGACAACAACCUUCUCGGAACAUUUGAGCUCAAGGGAAUACCUCCGGCGCCGAGAGGGGUGCCUCAAAUCAACGUCUGCUUCGACAUCGACGCGAACGGAAUUCUGAAUGUCACGGCGGAGGACAAGACGGCCGGAGUUAAGAACACGAUCACGAUUACCAACGACAAAGGAAGACUGAGCAGAGAUGAGAUCGAGAGGAUGGUGCAGGAGGCGGAGAAGUACAAGGCAGAGGACGAACAGGUGAAGAAGAAAGUGGAAGCCAAGAACGCGCUGGAGAAUUACGCUUACAACAUGAGGAACACUGCGAAGGAUGAGAAAUUAGCCGGAAAGUUGAAUCCGGCGGAGAAGGCGAAGAUUGAGAAGGCGAUUGACGAGGCGAUGGAGUGGCUCGAGAGGAACCAGUUGGCAGAGGUGGAUGAAUUUGAAGACAAGCUCAAGGAAUUGGAGGGGAUCUGUAAUCCCAUAAUCGCUAAGCUUUACCAGGGUGCCGGCGGCGGCGGCGGCUGCGUCCGGGCCGACCAUUGAAGAGGUGGAUUGAGAUUCUGAAACUUAGAACUUUCGAAAGCUGUCCUUGUUCUUCUUCUUCUGUGUUGUGUUGUAGUUGUUGUUCGUUACUAUUUGGUUUAGGAAUUUUGUAAAAACUAG